CCUUCAAUUCCUUGUUGCUAUGGAUACGAGACUGGCGAUUUUCUUCUAGUAUUUUUCUCUUCAGUCAUGAACUCCAAAAUACACCUAGAAAUUGUUGGCUUAAUUAAAGACAGCAAUUUCCAUGUUGCCAAAAGUAUUGCCAAGGGACUGAAACAGCAGUUUCCCGAGGCUUUUCUGGAACCCAAAAUUCAACCACUUCUUGAAUUCGACUGGCACGCAUAUCUGUGUAACAAGAAAAGGGAGCUGCGUGGUGAAGUGUGGCAGUACUCCAGCGGCCUGAUGUGCUUUCUGAACGGCUUUCUCCUCGGCAACGAAAACGAACUUGCCAGCUGGGCUCAGAAGCAGUGGAGUUUCACUUUCACUCGACCGCAGUCUUUCUACAUGGCUCUCACUGAGGACUUCUACACCAAACACUUCCAGAAAACUGGGCAUCAGUUUGUCUUUAUGGACAUUGAGAUAGCAGGAGAGGAAGCAGGGAGGUUAUUGUUCGAGCUGUUCUCAGAUGUCUGUCCAAAGACUUCAAAGAACUUCGAGGCUUUGUGCACAGGGGAGCGAGGACUGUCGCAGGGCGGCUUCCCGCUCUGCUACAAGGGCUCUCUGUUUCAUCAGGUUGUGCCCAACGGCUGGGUGCAAGGUGGAGAUAUUUCUCCAGGGAGCAGAGGUGAUGGAGGCGAGUCAAUCUAUGGACCAACCUUUGAAGAUGAGAGUUUUGCUGUUUCCCACUCUAAGCGAGGUAUUCUAGGAAUGGCCAGUAAGGGUCCUCACAGCAAUGGCUCACAGUUCUACAUCACCCUGCAGCCAACGCCCUGGAUGGACAAGACCUAUGUAGCCUUUGGUCAAGUGGUUGAGGGUGUCGACGUCCUGAGAAGAUUAGAAGAGGCCAAGACCUACAACAGAAGACCAAAGUAUGAAUGUAAAGUUACAGCCUGUGGAGUGUUUAAACAAUAGCUCCUAAGCACUCUUUGUUGAUGCCUUUUCAAAUAUGGUUUUUGAUGUAGGAAAAUAAACUUUAAAUUCAUGUAUACUAUGACA